GAAGGAACAUAGGCCACCAACCAGCAUUCUCCAAUUCACUCUGUCCUGGGCCUUCCCUUCUAGUUCUAUCCAAUUGUUAUUUGUUCUUCUCAUGUCUGUCUCCAUUUCUCGGAGUAAUCUGUUCUUUAGCCUUGAGGAUUCCAAGUGAGGACUUGCGUUGUGACGCAGUUGGGUGCUUUCCUCAAUGUGUGUCCCAUCCACUUCCAGCGCUUCUUUCUGAUUUCUUCCACUACUGAAAUCUGAUUUGUUCUCUCCCACAAUAAGUUGUUGCUGAUAGUGUCUGGCCAACGGAUCCGAAGUAUUUUGCGUAGACAACUGUUACCAAACACUUGUAUCUUCUGGAUGAUGGCUUUCAUAGUUCUCCAGAUUUCCGCCCCAUACAGUAGAACUGUCUUGACAUUUGUAUUGAAAAUCUUGACCUUGAUGUCGGUUGACAACGGCUUUGAUUUCCAGAUGUUUUUCAGUUGUAAAUAUGCUGAUCUUGCUUUGCCGAUCCGUGCCUUCACAUCUGCAUCAGACCCACCGUAUUCAUCAAUGAUGUUGCCGAGAUAUGUAAAGGUUUUUACAUCUUCCGAAUCUUUUUGCAUGAAGUGUGAUUGGAUUGGUGCAUGUUGUGUUGUAUCGGAGAAUCCUGCUCUUCUCUUUGUGUAUAUUGAGACCUACUGCUGUUGAGGCUGCUGCCACACUGGUCAUCUUCUCCUGCAUUUGUUGUUGCGUUUGCGAUAGAAGAGUCAGGUCAUCUGGUAAGUCUAGAUUGUCCAGCUGUCCACUGUAUCCCAUACUUCCCCCAGAUGUUGACGUCUUCAUGAUCCAGUCGAUCACCAGGAAAAAGAGAAAGAGUGAGAGUAGGCAACCUUGCCUGACACCGGUCUUUACCUCGAACGAGUCUGUCAAUUGUCCUCUAUGCACGAUUUUGCAGUUUAAUCCAUCAUAAGUAUUCUGUAUGAUAUUGACUAUCUUCUGAGGCACGCCGUAGUGUCUAAAAAGCUUCCAUAGUUUUGUCCUGUCCACACUAUCAGAUGCUUUUUCGUAGUCAAUGAAGUAGUUGAUGUAUAGUGAUGAAUUCCAAUCAAUUGAUUGUUCCUCAAUGAUCCGUAGAGUUGCGAUUUGAUCUGUACACGAUCUAUCUUUACGGAAUCCAGCCUGUUGAUCUGGAAGUUGGGCGUUUUCGGAGACCUUCAUUCUGUUUAAUAAUACCCUGUUGAAGACUUUUUCUGGUAUUGAGAGAAGAGUGAUGCCCCUGUAGUUAUCACACUUGCUGAGAUCGCCUUUCUUUGGUAUCUUGACCGAAAGUUUUUCUUCACAAUCUGUUGGUACUUGUUCUUCAUCCCAAAUCUUGCUGAAGAUAAUGUGGAGUAAUAUUGCAGUUAAUGCUACGUCCGCUUUCAGUGCCUCUGCUGAAAUGUUGUCUGAUACUUCUGCUUUUCCGCUCUUGAUUUGAUGAUGGCCAUGCUGAUCUCUUCAAUUGUUGGUGUGUUAAUAUCGACUGGGAGGUCUGUGUGUGUUUCUUCGAUGUUGGGUGGGUUCAGUGGGGCUAGUCGAUUCAAGAUUUCUUUGAAGUGUUCUACCCACCUGUUUCGUUGUUCUUCAAUAUUGCCUUCCUUACUUUUCACUGAUCGUUCUCGUUUACGUCAAUUCCCAGCGAGUUUCUUUAAUGUGUCAUACAGUUGUUUCAUGUCUCCUUCUCUUGCAGCUUUUUCCGCCGUCGUUGCUAGUUCUUUCACGUAUUUCUGCUUGUCGGCUCUAAUGCUCUCCUUCACUUGCUUGUUUGCUUCUAUGUACUCAGCUUGUGCCUUGACUUUCUCUGCUCUUGUUCGGCUGUUGUUAAUUACUGUCUUCUUGUUCUUCCUUUCUUUGAUCCUGUCCAGUGUUUCUAUAGAGAUCCAUUCCUUAUGAUGAUGCUUCUUGAGGCCCAGAACCUCCUGACACGUUGAAGUUAAUGCUUCUUUUCCAGUUGUCCUCCAUAGUAGUUUCUUCUUCUUUCAGUAGAUCCUGUAAGGCUUGGAACCUGUUGUUGGGAGCUAUCUUGAAUUCAUUGAGUUUAUCAGUAUCCUGAAGAAAGGCCAUAUUGAACUUUUGUGAUAUUGUCCGCCACAUUGUCCAGUGCUUUUUAAGUCUCAGUUUCAUCUUGGUGACCAGCAAUUGAUGAUCUGAUGCUAUAUCAGCUUCUCUCUUGGUUCUCACAUCCUCCUACUGAACUUCUUGUUGAUUCAGAUAUGGUCAGAUAUGUGAUGCAGUGAAGUCUAUAUAGUUUUGUGUAUGCGUAUAUGUGGGAAUAUAGUGCCGCCCAUGACCAGUUUAUUGAAGGCAUAUAGGUUUGCAAAUCUCACCAUUUUCGUUCAUUUCUCCCAGUCCUUGUCGUCCCAUGAUGUCUUCAUAUUCGGUGUUGUCCAUUCCAACCUUGGCAUUUAAAUCUCCCAUCAGAAUGGUCAGGUCCUUUGUUGGGCAAUUCUCGAUGAUUGACUGCAGCCUAUCGUAGAAUUGAUCUUUAGCGUCUUCAUUGUAGUCGUUGGUAGGCGCAUAGCAUUGGAUGACGUUCAUUGAAAUGCCCUCUUUUUUUGUUUUGAACGAGGCUUUGAUGAUCCUUGGUCCAUGAGAUUCCCAUCCUAUAAGUGCGUUUUGUGCUCGUUUGAACAGCAUCAAUGCAACUCCUUGUGUAUGUGGGGCAUUUUCUUCAUCAUGGCCGGAGUAUAACAGAAGCUCUCCUAAAGUUAGUCGUUGUUGUCCAACUUGCGUCCAAUGUAUUUCACUGAUCCCAAGCACCUCUAGGUUGUAACUCCUCAUUUCUGCAGCAAUUCGGAACGCUCUCCCGGUCUCCCACAUUGUACGAGCAUUCCAUGUACCUAAAUAAAUGGUUGCUCUGGUUGCCAAAAGAGGCAUCGGCCUCGUAACUUCCGAAGGAAUUCAGCUUUCAUCAUGAGGCGUCAUAACUCUUCUAAAUGAAGACCUUCUGUCUCCCAGGGCAGAGUUUAAAAUGUUUAAAUAAUUUUUUCUGGUUAGCGUUUUUUUAGCGAGUUAGUUUUCUACAGGAUGGGGUCGCUAACCCCAUGUCCAAGCCUCCUCCUUUAUCCGGGCCUGGGCUCGGCAGGAGCCUCAGAGGGUGCUCCAGUCGGAGUUACACCAGAAAAUACACAAGGAGAAAGACGUGAAUGGAGUUGGUGGUUUAUAUGCGAUAAGACAACACUUUCAGAAGUUUAAAAGGUUUUAAAUAUCUAUCUUUACCAACUGCUUUCAACACUCUCCUCAAAACUACAAAACGAGGAAUAGUAGAGAAUAACAGGUAAUACACAAAAGGCAAAUAUCGAAUAAUAUCAAAAGCAUGUAGCUCUUUUAUAUCAGUCGAACGGAAAACUUACUUCAAUAUCAAUAAAACAUAAGGAAACCAAAAUUGUUCCGUGUUAAGAAGAAAGCAAAUACAUGAUUCAGUGAUGAGUUGUAUCUCUUAGCUAAGACAGUUAAUUUAUUGGUUUUGUAAAUUAUAUAAAUACAUCGAAUUAUUCUCACCCAAUGUCGACUACUGCUCGUUCAAGACAUUCAAAGUUACCAAUUGACUGAAUAUUUAAAACGUUAUAUAUUUCAUUGUUAUCUUUUUGAUGUUGUUUUAAUUAGCAGUUAUUGAAUAAAAAAAUUUCCACCUACAGUCUCCUUGCGAUGGCAUAACAGUCUUGUUCGUCGUAGUAAGCAGCAGCUAUUCCACAGUUAUAGGAAAUAGCCGCACCACUAACAACAGUAAUCAACAUCAUACCAAAUUAUAAUAUGCUGCUAAAAUCCAGUAUCAUGUCACAUGGGUUUAGUCCCUUGAUGAAUUAUGAGUGUUUUAAACUAAAACGAAUCAGUUUUUUACUGAUGUUAACUUGUGUUGACAACACACUUCAAAUUAAGCAAGAUCCGUAAACAUCCUUCCUUUUAGAUGUUCUCUCUGCUAAUAUUAAAUUAUAUAAGAUGACACUUAAUCAAAGAUACCCUGCGUUCUAAUGUAUUUGUCGUUGUGGUAUUUUAAAAUUCACAUUCAUUCAAGAUAACAAACAAACGAUUUCACAUAAAGCAUCACUUCCUUCAUGAAUGUAGAUACGGGUAGCUGAUGCAUAUCUACUUAUGUGAAACCUAGAUUCAAGCAUUCCUGUUGACUACUCUUAACCAAAUAAUUUCGAAGCAUAUUACAUCAAUCAAUGUAAUCGGAUUCUUCUAUUUUUUCAUUGAAUAAUCUGUAUCAAUUAUUUGAUUAACUUACCCAUAGGGUAGAGAUAACAUGUCUCAUUUUUUCAUUUUCAUUCUUUUUUUUUUUUUUAAGUUUUGUACAAAUUAAUUAUCUCAGUUACUAUCUGAUCAUGAAAGCAGAAUAUCAUGCUGCAGAAUUUUUUUUUCAGAGUCAUUAAAUUUAUUUAUAUCUCCUUAUUCUUAUUUAGAAUGAAGCAUAAGUUUAGACAUAUAGAUGGAAAUCUAUUUGCCUACAACAUACUUAUUCUGUGAUUGAAAAUAUUGUAUCAUAGAAAUCUACAAGUGUUCAGGAAGUUUAAUAUUGUUCAUAGUUGAUGAUGAACAAGUGCAUUAGUAUUCAGUUAAUUAGUUUCUCAUUUCAGUUUACUUCCAAUUAGUUGGUUAGAAGAAAUUUGCAAACUAUAUACAGUAUAUUAUCUUGUUAUAUGUCAUCCAAGGCAUUGUUUCGUUUCAUUACAUAUACAUGCGAAUUAUUUGAGUAGGCAGUUUAUAAACAAUAAGCAACCUGUGUUUAUUGCAUAACGGUUUAAAUUGUUUUAUCUUACAUCACUAUAGUUUUCAUAUUGACUUCUUUUUGUUCGUUUACCUUAUCAUAUAACAGAUUUUCAUAAUUCGAGAUGGUGAAUUUUAAACUUACUCCUAGAUUGUUUGUUUCAAUACUUUGUGGGGCUGUCACUGUUGUACUUGUUCUUAAAAAGAAAGUAUACUGAUAUAUUUUUUUCUCUACCUACUGUGUUUGAGAUUAUUGAUUAUUGUCAUUAUGAGAGUGAUGUUGGAAGUUUGAACAAAUAUUUUAAUGACGUGUCCAACAGGAAGAAACUGGUUUUCGCUUCAUCAUCAUUCUUAUUGUUACAACGUUUUAUUCAUUAUUUCAUUAUUGUCUAUUGUGUAUCUUGUGAUUAACAAUAAUUAUGUACGUUUUCCUUUUUCAUUUUUUAUCAAAAAAACAAAUACCAUUUUUAGUUUAAAUUAUAUAAUUCCAUUAAUGAUUGCAGCUAUGGUUAGUAAAUGGACUGGUGAUCGAUUAACAAAUGGUAGUAUUUACGAAGAGCAUAUACGAUUAAAUGAUUAUCCAUAUCUUGGAUCGUAUGAUGAAUUAGAUAAUACAUUAGUAGCAGCUGAUGUAAUGCAUCCACGCAGGUGAGUAUACAAUUUUACUUUUCAAAGAAUUUUUAUUGUUCUUUAUUUCUUUAUUUGUAACUCAUAACUUGAUGAUAAUAUUUUGAUUGUGGCUAGAUGUCAUGGAGUAGUGUGAAGAGUGGGUGUUCGACUUUGAAUUACUAAGUGUUAGUUUCGAGUUCCGCUGUAUGUACUACAGUUCCAGGGAAGGGAGGCGUAUCUGGAUAGUAUCACUAGCCCGUACACACAAACUAUGGUUUAAACGAAUUUUUACUUAGAUAGAUGAGUGACGUUUAAUAAAUAAUUAGGAUUCUGAAUGCAAUUGAAUAUUCACUUACUGUAAAGAUGAUUUUAUUAAUAAUAGAGUUACAAUUAAGGACGUAUGUAAGUAAUCUUUUGUUUAAUUAAUUAUUCAAUUCAUUUAUCAGGUGAAAUUUUUAUUGAAUUGGAUUGAUGUAACGGUAUAGAUUAAUACUGAAUGUUUAGUGUCGAAUAAUUCUCUCAUCAACUAAUGGAAAUAAUUAACUUAGGUAUCUUCCUUGUAACUUUGUUUGUUCUCGAUAAAACAGUCAAUACUCUUGAUUUAAAGAUUUAUUAGGUUCAAUAAGAAUAACUGAUUAAAUCGGCCAUCAUAAUUUAUUCAUUUGUUGAAUUUACGGUGAGACCAUAAUUUAUGGACGACCAUUGAUCGACGCUAAAUUGACCUUGAGAAUGUUCACCUACUAACCAAAAGUAAUUGACGAUUAUAAACCAGUAUGGCGAGUUAUCAUUAGGAUUUAUAGGUAAUGGUUAGGGUUAGGAAUAAGACUUGGGGUUUUUAUCACGAACCGACAUCAGCUAAAAUGCCAAAACGCUAUUUAACCAAAUGGAUGACUGAACUUCACGCCAAAAUCCCAUAUCUGUUAUCUUAUAUCUGAUUGCUCCGUUCAUAAAUUAUAAUUUCGCCGAAUUUACUAAUCAUUUUGAAUGAUUAUAAUCGUCUAUAUUUUAUAAAUGUAUUGAAAAUAUUGGAAAAUACUUUAUUGUAAACGUGUCUAUAAAUCAUGUUAUUAUUUGAUAAGAUUGAUUGAUAGUUGUAUUUUGUUGUUGUUCAUUCAGGAUUUUUUUUAUGUUAAUGAGAUUUACUAGUCAUGACUAGUGUAUGCAUAUUUUAUUGAAUUUAGACUAACUGAAGUAGAUUAUUAUUAUUAUUAUUCAAUGUAUAAUUAUGUGUACGUGUUAGAAUACCUUUAAUUGUACAAUGUCUUUGUCAGUCUUCUGUUUUUAUCUCCUUUUUUUCUAUUUGACUUCGUAAGGAAUUUCAUUCAUCACCCUGGCUAAAACAUUUGGAACUAAUUUGUGUUGUUCAGUUUAUAAACAUGAAACAGACAUAAACAACUUAAGACCUAGUUCAAAUGUGUACAAGUUAUACAUAACUAUACUCAACACCAACUUGCCUUAUAGUAGGUUGGAUGGAAGCUAAUGGUGGUCAAACUAAAAUGUGACAUCAGUUCAUAAAGUCACUGAGAUGUAGAUUACGUGAAUUUUGUCAAACUAAUGGAAAGAUUGUUAUCUUAGACCGUCCAACUAAUGUGCUAUAUUGAGAUGGAUCAAUUACAACCAUAAAGAUAUAAUAAUUUAAGUUGAUAGCAUAACAUGUCUAGAUCAAUUGAUUUUAAUCGUUAACAUUUAUCGUUCUUUUUCGUUUGUCAGUUAUCUCCAUUCUGUGGUAUCAAUAACAGCCUUAUUACAAUAUUUAUUGUUAUAAAUUAAUUGAAUUAUUUGUUGAGUUUCGUUAAUAUUCAUCUGUGAUAUUUGUAUGAAAUAAUGAUUCCUUUUUACUGGUUGAAUUCAAAAUACAGUACAUUGGUUUGUGUCUAUCUAGUAUUGCCUAAUCCAAUCGCGUUAUUUCUGGUAUUCUUAGUUUGUGCUAUAAUUCAAAUACUCUUAAUUAUCACAUCAUCCUUUCUGGAAAAAUAAUAAACAAUGAAUAUUUGGUUGAAGUUUGACAAACGCGAUUGGAUAUCAGUUCAUUAGUUUCAAGAUUAAGCGUUCUCACGUAAGAGCGGAGGUCUUAGGUUCAAUCCAUUUUGAUGGAGUCAUGGGUACGCACAGAUGAAGAGUCCCAUACUAGAACGAAAUAGCUGUGCAGUACCUCCUUGGUUCCCAGUUGAGGUGUAACUGGAACUGGUUCAUAAUAUCAAAAACGAAUAAGCCAAGUAUCACAAUUUUCAUUAAACUUAUUGACAGUUAUUUUUUGUACAGGUUAAAACUAGUUUGAAAAAUCUAUUCAUUGCUUUACAGCUUUGAUUUUGAUCAGUAAUAGCAGCUACUUGUUCAAAGUGAUUUAUUCAGGUUCCAAAUUUUGUCCUAAGCAAAAGAACUAUCGUUUUCAUAAGCGACUAUGAAAAUAAAGUAUGCAUAAGUUGUUUUUUCGGUGCCUUCAUUGAUCCAAUGUUACAUGUAAUCAACUGUAGGUGACGCUUACAUGGUAUAUUCGGAGCAACGUCAUUCAAAUCCCGUCAACCAAUAACUCUAUUAAAAAUAACUUGUGAUGACUAGCUGAUUUCCUAAUGUCAAAACGUAUUGAAUUUAUUUCAUUGUAGUAAUAUAAUAAUAAGUCACUCGAAUUUCGUAAGACUCCGCUUGUAGCUAUUAUAGGGUUACCGACAGUCCCACACAAAGGACAAGGGUCGUACAUGGAGUCGGCAAGCCCAUCCAACAAAAAUAAACUUGCUAUAAAACGUCCACCAGAGUAAGAUCAUCCAAAUGAUCUAAACUCUGACAUGAGAGUUCAAGGAUCUUCAUCUGGAAGAAUUAUGACGCCUCGUGAUGAAAGCCCAGAUUUUUCGCAAGUCAUGAGGUCGAUGCCACUUCUAACAACCAGAGCAACAAUUAAUAUAAAUACACGGAAUGUCCGGACACUGAAAGACCAGGAGAACCAGUUAAACAGCUACGAAAAUGAUGAGAUACAACUUGGCGCUGCUCGGAAACAGUGAAAGCCAUUGGAUCCAAGCUGGACAGAAAAGACUAGAUACGGGAAUGUUGCUGUUGUAUUCAGGUCACGAAGAGGAAAAUACUCCACACACACUCAGGGUGUUACUCUGAUGCUGUACAAAGAAGUCUGUGAAGCACUGAUAGGAUGGGAAUCUCGUGGACUCAGAAUCGUCAGAGCAUCAUUCAAAACAAAGAAGGAAGAGAUCACAAUGAAUGUUAUCCAGUGUUAUGCACCCACCAAUGAUAGCAACGGUGACAAUAAAGAUCAGUUCUAUGAGAGGCUGCAAUCAAAUAUAUCGAAGUUCCCAAUAAAGGGUGUCACCAUCCUGAUGGGAGACCUAAACGCCAAGGUCGGAAUAGACAACAUCGAGUACGAAGAUAUCAUGGGACAACAUGGAUUGACUGGGAGAAAAGGAUGGGGAUGGUGACAGAUUUGUAAAUCUAUGUGCAUUCAACAAAUCGUUUAUGUUUGGGAGUAUAUUUCCCCACAAACGCAUACACGAAGCUACUUAGGUCUCUUCGGAUCACACUAUACAGAACCACACCGAUCAUAUUUUUAUUAGUGAAAAAUCCAGAGGGUCAGUGAAAGACGUGACAACCAGGUGAUGAGAGGAGCUGACACAGCCUCAGAUCACCACCACCUGGUGAUUGCCAACAUGAAACUGAAACUAAAGAAACAGUGGGCAGCCGGUGAAACAGCAUUACAAUAGUUGAAUGCAGUCUUUCUUCAAGAUACUCACAAACUCAACCAAUUCAAGAUAUCUCUCAGACACUGGCUCUAAUCCUUACAGUGUGAAAGCAUUAGGACCUGAUAAUACACCAACUGAAGCACUUAAGUUAGACACAUAGGUAACUGAAAACAUACUCCUCAUUUUAUUUAGGAAUAUAUGGGAGAAAAACAGGUACUGACAGAUUGGAAAGAAAGAUACCUCAUCGAGAUACCAAGAAAAAGAAAUUUGAGCAAGUGUAAGAACUCACCUACAGAGACAUCACACUUCCUUGACUAUAAAAAGCAUUUGACAGUGUGGAUAGGAAAAUAUUAUGGAAACUUCUUCGACACUAUGGAGUACAUGAGAAAAUCGUCAACAUCAUCUGGAAUUCAUACGACGUAAGCUGACAUGUAAAUGAUGGGUAGCAACUGUAAAGCGCUGAAAAGGAUUGUCCAGGAGAGUGUUGGGUGGCGAAUCCUGGUGAGCGGCCUAACCUCCUACACGAGGGUUAACAGGCCUAAGUAAGUAACAAACAUACUGUGCAACUUAGUAAUUAAGUACACGUUUGUGCGCAUGGUCUCAAAGUAAACAUAUUUCUUGAGAACUAGUGAUAUUUCAAUGAUUGUUCAAACUGAAGUAGGUACAAUAGAGUUCUAACAUAGAAGAGGUUGUUUUAUUGUAGAUUUCCUCUUAUCGAUAAGCCACUUUGCUAAUCUUAAUGUUAUUUCCAUUGGAUAUGUAAUCAGUUUGACAAGAUGACGUUCUGUGUCAUCAUGUCGCCUGAUUUGCUCGUAAAUUUUGUUUUUGAAAUUAGACUUUUUUGUUGUAUUCAGGAAAUAGCAACACGUCUAUAUGCAUGCAUUUUCAAUACGAUUUCGUUAUUGAUAACGUCAAUUAAUUGACUUGUCUUAUUCCCUUUUCCUUUCUCGUUAUUGUCUAUAAUGUUUCCAUCUGUUUUUUCAGAGAUUCUAAUUCCCCUCUAUAUGUUGUUACACAAUAUGAUAUGACAGUUGGUGAUCUAGACCAAUUGGUUAGUAUAUGUGAUGUUAAAGGAUUUCCUGUUGUUGUUUCACAAGAUUCCCCAUACCUAGUUGGAUGGGUUUCAAGAAGAGAGUUACGUUGGGCUUUGGAUCGUGAAAGAAAAUAUGAUUCAAAUAUUGUCGAUGAUUCGCCAGUUCAUUUUGCCACAUUUCAGGAAGUAUAUGCAGAUGAUAAUCAGGAAUUGACACCUGUCAACUUACAAAAUAUUGUUGAUUUGUCUCCUACAACGGUAUCGGAUCAUACACCGAUGGAAACAGUUUUGGAUUUCUUUAAAAAGUUGGGCCUCCGACAAAUCAUUGUUACACGUAAUGGAUACCCACCACUGUUCGCGAUCAUUGCGUAGGCUUCUUAUCAGCCUGCGCUUAAGCUUACUCUGCUCUUCAUCAUAUUCAGAGCCAGAUGGAAUGUGUUUUCGAGCAUCUAUCAGUGAGGUGUCCUCUUGGUGUAUUGACUAAAAAAGAUAUACUUCGUCAUGUUCGUCAUCACAAUCCAAAUAAUCGUUAAACAGUAACUUUUAACAUAACAUUGUUAAUAUCCUUCCGGUUAUCUGCCAUGAUUAUUUUUUGUGCUUCUCUAUACAUAAAACACAUGAGUAUUUGUUCGUUUAUUUAUUUAUUUGUCUCAUUUAACGGAUAUUUUCCAUUGGUUUUUAUUGCACAUUAUCCCUCCAUAAUCCGUCAUUAUAUAUAAUCUGUAAAAUCUUCUUAGAAUGAUUACACAUUCUUUUCAAAAAUUAUCUACGAAUGAUAUAUUCUUAUAUACGUAAUGUAUAAUAAAUGAUCUCUCCUGUUCUAUAAAUUGUUAUCAACUCUUUUAGAAAAGACAUUAUUCCAGUUAUACCAUCCGAAAAUUAUGACUGUUACAUGAAGGUACCUAAGUGGUACUGCUAGAUGAAAUGAAUGUUUGCAUAGUUCGAUGUGAAAUUCCUUUACUGAGUAAUGUUAGAUGAUGUGUUGUGACUGAUUCGAUCGGCAAUUUAAGUUUUCCCAUACAUUAUUCAAGAAUAAUAAAAUCUAGCCAAAGUACUAUUUCCCGUGUGAUUAAGCUAGAAAACGUUUCCGAUAUAUUAUUUCCUGGGAUUCUAUUUCUUAUUAGUACUUUUAUUGAAACCGCUGACUUUCGUCUAAAUCCAUUGUUUUUCUUUUCUCAGAGCAAUUUAUUUCCAUAACGUAAUCAUUGUGUUAAGCCAUCUACAACCGCAUGAUCAAUAAUAAAACUUUGGUUUUAUUAGGGUUAACGUAAAUCUGAAUACGAUAGAGAAGUUGUUGGUAUAAAAACAGAACGACAUUUCAGAAAAAAAAACAAGGAAAUGUAGAAACAGCACAUUCACAUUUAAACACGAAUGUUAAAACAAGUUCGUCAUAAAAUGUAUGUAGAAAACUGGACUAUGUUUGCCUUUAUCGUUUAGGAUGCAGGCUGUAUAACUCCUUAUUUUCUUAUAUUGAAUGACAAGUCGUUUUCGCUUUCGAACAAGUCAGACCGUGCUUCAGUUGUUCCGUCUAAAUGUAGUAAACUUUGUGACUAACAGAACAAGGUUAUUUUACAACGUUUCGAUGAGAGGAGGAAGGGAAUGUGUAUAACGAGAUUGAAAAACGUUGGAUCAGUUAUAAUUCAUUUUCAUACAAAGUAUUUUUCAUAAUUUUGGUAAAUUGCAUUCGCGACAUCAUGAAAACUGACAUUUAAUAAUGCCUUACUUUCUCAUAGAGACAACAGGGUGGCAUAUAUUUACAUUGAAGGGACAAUAAUCAUAUACAAUGUCGCGUGUAGGUAGCUCAGUGCGACAAGGUAGGAAUAAAAUUUG